AUGGCGAUGGAAACAGCAGAUAGCAUGAGAGCUCGACUCCCGCGUUUCUCACUUCCCCGUCCCUGUCUUCUCAUCCCCGAGAGCGUGGACGCAGGAGCGCCAGAGGGUAGUGGCGAGCAGCGGAAAGGGCAUUAUCGGCGCCAUGGUUUGCGGGAGACGCCGGGCGAAAAAAGCAGAAGAAACGCGGGAGAAGAAGCGCUCAAGACCGAAGAGAAAGUCGCCUCGACUCGCUUUCUCGAAAGCGGGCGAGGGAGGACGCAAAACAAGAGAAAAACAGAAACUGCGAGAGGAGGACAGCCGCGAGAGAGACUGGGCGGGAAGGCGACCGGCUAG